GUGGUGGUCGCUGCCCAGGAGGGGAGCCAAGGGCAGGCGGAUGGACAGUGAAGUGGGGCAGAGGCCACAAACAAAUCCACACAUACACACCGUGUCUUAAAUCACCACAGCCAGCUUUGGGAGGGCACGAGCCGAGACAGUCCGCACAGGAGCCUUAAGAGUCCCGCAGAUGGAGAGAGAGAAAUGGAGGGAGGGAGGGAGAGGGGGAGGCACAACAGGCUGGCUGGCCACACUCAUCCUCUCAUACCACCAGGUGUCCUUCCAGCAGAUACUGGACUUCAGAGGAACUGCUGCUGCUAUACCCCACCUUUACCUUUACCCACAAAGGUCCUAAACGGUAGAAACUGUCCAGCCGACAGACAGACGGACACCUUAUGACGGCAUUAACCUGUAGUCCAAGGGGAUAGUAGCACUUCACUGAGUGAAAAACAGACAUGGACCAAAAGAUGUGGAAGAAGCCUUUUCAAAACCUGUUUUGACAGUAGAAAUGGGAUUGAGCGUUUUGGGCUGAGAAAAAACAUAAGGAGUGAUGUUUAAUUUAAGUUUUAUGAGAGUGAUGGUCAUGUUUAUCCGCACACUAAGACAGUCAGAACGCACCUAGCCUCUUGUCUGUAAUCCAUGUGGGAGGAGGGGAAAUCAUUUAUUUUUUAUGAACAAACAUUUUAAUAAAGUCAUUCAUGUCUUAAGCUCCUGACCCUCUGUGGGAACCAAAAAAUCGUAGUAUUUGCUCUCAUGAGUAAUUUCAAAGAAUUUCCAUCCCCAAUGGCACCCUAUUCCCUUUAUAGUACACUACUUAAGACCAGGGCCCAUAGGGUUCUGGUCAAAAGUAGUGUACUCUAUAAAGAAUAGGGUGCCAUUUAGAUUUUGCAUUUGUAUGUGAGCGACAGGACUUUUUACAUUUGCGUUAUUAAACCUACCUGUCCUUUGCCCUCUAGAAAAUAUUUUAGAAAGUAAAUUAUUAAUUCAUGUAUUCUUUCUUGUGAUAUUUAUGUCAUCAUUUUGUGCCUUCUUUAAUUACUGAGGGGAGGUUAGGAGAGUAGGGGCAGCUGUAUGAGCGAAAACAAUGAUGCACACUAAGUACUACAACGUUUGUGAAAAGCACUGAUACUAUUCCGAGGCAGAAAACAUGCCUCCCUUGGAGAGGAGAAACACUGUAAACCAAUGGUAGGACAGCAGCAUUUAGAUUUUCUUCUGUUGAAAAAAAUAUAUAUAUAUUAUUUGUCUUGGUCUUAUAAUCAAUGUAUUUUGACAGGUUUUGCUUGCUUUAACUUCUUCAAAAAAAUUAAGCCACUCAAUCCUUUUAUGUGAUUGCUUGUUCAAUCCCCCGUUUUUGUCUCUUUUUGAAAAUCAUUUUAACUGGAAAUAUGUACAAUACAUAUGCUAUGUUCGUCAAAUCAGGAUCAGGAGGUUCACAGGUUUUUUCGUGUCCUUUUUUUUCUUUAAAAGGAUGAAACUAGCAUGUACAUAUGAAAUAGUGACUGAAUUCGAAACUCCCAUGAAUUCUUUCAGUAUCUGAAGAUUGCUGUAUAUUUUAUGAGUAAUAAAAUAAAGAAAUGAGUUAUGUUAUUUAAUAAUGAACUAUGGGUUAUCUGUUUUAUGUGACAACCGCAGUAUCAAUUUCUAGGUGACAGUGGUGCUAAUCCCAAAAGAAAGGCUACAUACAACAAGGAACAAGAAGUCUAUUGGCAAAAUGAUGACAAUUGCAUGUACCUUGGCCUAACGGUGUGGGUUAUGUAUUUUAUUUUUCAUGGCGUCCUCAACAUUACAGUUUUAAGGGCAACAAUAGCCUACAUUUGUUUACAACUCGCAGGAUUUCCGUACGUGAGCUUUCAACAACACAGAGUGUUGCAUCAGCACGAGUUCGAAAGUGCGUCAAAUCUGUACAGCAUUGUUACGUCAUCACUGAUAAACGUUGAAACUGAUGAAAAACCGCUGGAGCAGUUCAGUCUAAUCCUCCCUAGUGCUGGAGGAUUGCGUUUGUUUUCGCUCUGGAUGCGCGUUCAUUUUGGCAAGGAAAUGUGCUGAUUUUGCAAGGAGAUGGAGAAUAAAGAGUUCAAGGCUGCAGUGGUGACCUUCACUACCGUGACCCACAAGGAUGAAACUUCCCAGACCAGCCUCACCCUCAGCAGGGGAAAGAGAAGCUACCCAGACCUACACACCUUUGUGCAGGACAUGAAGGACGACCAUUGGAAUCUGCUGAGUGAGAAUAUGCGUGCCGGGAUGAGCAGACAUGAGUUUAGUGCCAAGUGCAUGGAUAUUGUAGCAUGGGUGAUGGAGUCUACAUCCACUGUGGUUGUUCCCGCCCUUGACCUCACCAUGCAGAUAGAGCUCUCUGAUUCGCCAAGCUCUUCUGGAUCAGGAAGUAAUGAGGCAGGAGAGGUGACCUCUCUUGGCCGCAGCGUCAGAUUCAGCUGUAGUGGAGGACCCAGCAGGUGCACCAGCGCCAGAACCGCCUGCAGCACAUGCACUCCCACGCCUUUCCCCUCCUCUCACAGGUAUCUAGCCCUAUCCCUAUCCAGUGCUGAGUUCCGAGCUAAGGCCAAACACAUUGUGACCGAAGAUAUAGUAAAUAUUAUCAUGCAAGACCUUGAAAGUGUAUCCCAGUACACUGUGGAUGACGCAGACUCCUUCCCACUAGGAGAGAAAAAGUCCCAGCUCAAACCCAGAGUUGUCUUUGACAACUUAUUGGAUGCUGCUCAAACCAUGUACCACAGAGUAAAGGAUAGACUGAACAUCUUUUUCUCUUUUCCACCAGUGUCAGUCACCACAGCCAAAUAUGUGCUGGACUCCACCCCUGUGGAGACACUCAUACGCUCUAAGUCCGCUGACACUGCUCUUGUUGAGGACAGGAGCCGCCCUCCGUCUGUGAGAAGUUAG